AUGUAUCUUGCUCUUCUGGUGAUUUUCUUGCAGUGUUCAGAACUUUACACUCAGGAGAGAGUUUUUACUUUCAACACAGUUGAAGUCAAGGUUCAGCCAUCUGUCAAAGUAAAGAAUGGAGCUCCUAUGUCAAUUAUCUGCCAUGCCGAUAUUAGCAAAAGUGGUGAUUUCCAGCUGAAGCACAAUUUUACAGUUUUUAAGGAUGGCAAACUUGUGUUCACGACUGUAUCGGAAAAAAGAGAUGCACAAUAUGAAAUAUCUAUGGCUAGAUCUUCAGAUACAGGAGAGUAUGAAUGUGUUGUGGAAGCAAACAGAAAGAUGAAAUCUAGUAACCCUGUACAUGUUUGGGUAACCGGAAUGACCAAGCCAAUAUUGACCGCUGAGAAAAAAGAAGUUUUAGAGGGUGAAGUUGUAAAAUUACGUUGUGAGCUGCCAGAAGAAGAACCUCCUUUAUAUUUCUUUUUCUGGAAGAUAAAGAGUAAUUCAACACCUAAGGAAAAGCACGUAUAUGAACCACACAGAAAUUUUUCUGAAGUGACAUUUUCUGUUGAAGAGGGAGAUAAUAUUUUACAUUUUGAUUGUUUUGGUAAGAGAAAUGUAAAUCUCGAAUUUGAAAGCUCAGAACACAGCAACAAAACGCUUGUUACAGUCAGGGAACCAUUUAUAAAGCCUACUUUGAAUGCCAAGCCCUCAAGUAAUGUUACAGAAGGAGACAGAAUACAGUUUGAAUGCUCAACUGUGGCAGCCCAAAUGCGUGACAUUGAAAUCAUACUGCAGAAAAACAAAACAAUACUGAAGAGUGUACAAGAUGAGAAACUUUUGAAAUACUCUGCAGUAGCUACUCUAGAGGAUAGUGGUGAAUACCUGUGUAAGGUGGAGCAAGGGAGAGCAUCUAAAGCCACUAAACUGAAUGUUGUUGUGUCAGAGUUAUUCCCCAAGCCAAUAUUGGCUGCUUCUAUGACCAAGCUGGAUGAAAAUAAAGAAUUAACUUUGAGUUGCAGCAUUAAUGGUUUUCGGAAAGCUAACUUCUCUAUAUUACAAAAGAAUUCAAAUGGAGACAUCUUGUUGAAAAAUUCUAGAAACUUAACAAUCAGAGUUAAUGUGAAUGAUACUGGAACCUAUAUCUGUAAAGCUGAAGUAAAAGGAAUAGUCAAAGAGAGCAAACCUGUAAGGAUAAACGUUUAUGCUCCAGUCUCCAAGCCAACCCUUUCUGUUGUCAGUGGUUUACCAGAAGUGGUGCUGGGGAGGCCUCUACGGUUAAUUUGUCAUUCAGCAAUGGGAACACCACCAAUAAAUUUCACAUUCUACAAAGGAAAUGAAGUUAAGAAAACAGUAAUUAAUGACACAUAUGCUACAUUCUUGGAUGAAAAUAUUAGACAGAAUGACAAAAGAGGAUACAGAUGUGAUGCUAGGAAUAAUCACUCCAGUAGUACGAAAACUAGCAAUAUUCUAAACAUCACAGUAAUAGUUCCUCUGUAGUACCCAUACUUGGGCAGUGUUCCAUAUGGACAAGUGGAAGAUGGCAGAGAGACUGUUUUUCUUUGCUCUGUGAAUGAAGGAUCUUGGCCAAUCCUCUUCAGGAUUUUUAGAAAAACUGAUCGUGAAGUACUUUUAUUUGAAAAACUUGAACAUGCACACAGAGUCGUGUGGCGCAAGGAAGCAAUGAACAAGCAGGACACAGGGACGUAUUACUGCGUGGCUUCUAAUCGAGCUAGUGUGGAUGUGAAAAGUCAUCCAAUAACCAUCAGCGUCAUCUUAGCGGCUUGGCAGAAAGGAAUCAUUGCUGCAUUUGUCCUAAUACCUAUUGCAGGAGCAGUAACUCUCACUUUAUGGUGGUUUUUGUGUAAGAAGAAAAAGGCUAAAGGACCGUCCAUGGAGAUGUCUGGUUCUGCCUUGGCUACAAACUUGACAAGUGAAAAACUGACAAGACAGCACAAUGAUGGAGACUACUAUUCAGGAUCAGGUUACAUUGAAGAUGGUGAAAAUCACAUGAAAUCAACAGAUGAGAGUAAAGGACCUGACCUUGAGAGUGCUGAGGUGGAGUACACUGAAGUUGAAGUAUCAACGCUUGAUCCUCACAGAGCUCCUGUACAGAAGGGGACUGAAACAGUUUAUAGUGAAAUCAGAAAAGCUAAUAAUGAUUCUGUGGAAAACAGGCAUUCUAGAAUACAAGGGCAUCCUGAUGCUACUUAGAACAGUCAUCUCAAACAUCAGCUGGGAGAAGAAAACAAGCCAAGAUGGAAGAUGUUGCAAAUGUUUCAAAAGCUAUGCAGCACAUUUAUGAGUUUGCCAGGCUCUUCUUUACAAAGUUUACUUCCUCAGGGGGAACAAUAGAGAUGUUCCUAAAGCAUUUAAUGGAAAAAAUUACAAAUAAAAACUCUCAUAGGAAAGUGGCUCUAGAAACCAGUGACCUAGGUUCCCAUCUUUAAUUUUUCCUGCUAAUGCAAUUUUGCCUUUCUAGUCUCCAAUUCACCAUGCUCCAAGGAAAUAAAAGGGGAAACUACAGCUGUAGAAGUGCAUUUCUACAGUUCAGUAACUACUGUGAUGCCAGUAGGAUGUAGAAGUAUCUAAGCUUGCUUGAAACUAGCUAACUUGAUUAUGAGUAACACUCUACUGUGGCAGAACAGAGCUCAGCACAGCUUGGCCAGCCAUGUAUGUACUUUGACAUGAACUUGCAGCUUGUGCUGAACUCCCUGUGCUGCAGCAGCUGGACUGCUAC